GUGUUUUUACAAAAAAAAUUGGCGAUUGUCAUCACCGGAUCGGCGAUUCUGUUUGGGAGAAGCAUCCCAGGUUCACUGAACGGAUACGGGCCAACGUUUAUCAUCCUUGGCCACAACAUAAGCGCCCUCCUCUGCGCAGAUGCAGAGUGCAACAAUGCUCAGGCAACAUGGUGCGGUGGUGUCCAUCGCAGCGGCCAUUCCUCAGGGAACGACGGAAGUUUUGGGUAUCUCCAAGAUCGGUCGGAGCUCGUGACCAUUCUGAUUGGUCCUCGUGUCAAGAACAAAAUUGGAGUUCACGGACUGAUUUUGAACCUAGGCGAACAGAUUGGAGUUCGCAUCUUGACAAGUCUCUAUACCUACGUCAAAGGGAUUCGUCUGAUUAUCACGGCAGGAGUCAAGCUAAAUUGAGGUGCCCAACAGUGGAAUCAGGAGUCCCAAUAUUGAUUCAGACUUUCUACCUUUGGAUAGGGAUUAUCUCCACUCGUGUGUAAAUGAGCCUUCCAUUUCGGGUACAUUACUUCAAGCUGAUAUUGAGCACUUUGAAAAUUCUUUGGACUUGGUUUCUAUUGAUGGUGUUCACGCCCUUGAGCAAUCUGAUGAAUUUGCAAAACUCAAAGAUUUCAUUCAGGCCACUUUGACAAAGGGGGUGGAAUCACUUUCCCAUUUUUUGCUUAAUGAAUUUGAGAGACUUCUUGCUUAUGCUUUGGGUAAUUUGUCUUUGGGAUCCAAUAAUGUUGGAAAAACUUCAAAAAUGGAGAAUGUCUCAAAGCAAGAUGCUCAUAGCAACAUGAGAUUUUUACUUUCAGGCAACGAAAAUAUAGGUAGACAAAAUCACCCGGGAUGGAAUGAUGCAAGUCUAGAUACCUUGGGCAAUCUUUUUGAAGCUUUUGAUUCUAAGGGAGUUUAUGGUGGCUCAGAAUCUAUGUUCUCGGGUGAUAAAUUCCUUGGUCAUGCCUCUGAGAAUGAGAAGAGAAUUCCCAUUUCGACCGUGGGGGACCUCUGAGAAUCUAUGUUGUUUGACUUAAAGUUAUUUUUACAUUUUCUCAUCUUAAAAUUGACAUAAUUAUCUAUAUAUCCACACUUCGACUUUCAUGCCAUUUUAUGCAAUAUAAUAUGCUGCAUACACUACUUCAAUUGAA